GUUAAUCUCUGUUUUCAGUCUUGCCUAUCAGUCCCACCCUCGGGGGUACUUGGUGUCUGAGUCUAGAACCUUUCCAGGUUGCUGUGGGACAAAUUAGCUUCCUUGUUAUGGGUAUCCCCCAACCUCCACUUUUGUUUGCUUUGCUCGACUAAUUAACCAUUUUCCAUUUACUGUCAUUUUCUAAUGGAGGUGAAUCUUCUGUUGGUAAUCCCAUUUCUUGUUUUGUAAUUGUGUGUUUAUAUAAUGUUUCUUUUUCACUGUAUUUCUAGUGGAGCCUCAGGACAAAGAGCAGAUGGUGGAAAUAUGUGUUCAGUGUUCAGUUUUUUUCCGUAAGACAUUUGCAAAUUGUGUUUUUCACUGACUAUCACAUGGACUUCAUGCAUAUAGAGCUACCUUGUUUGUCAUGAUUGUGCCUACAAUUCUAUGGAGAAAUAUGAUUUGUGAAUUACCUGAUGAAAUUUUCCUCAUUUUGAAUCAUCCUUGCAUUCCUAUAAUAAACACUGUAAGAAUGGCUAUGGUAAUAUUUCAUUUUUCCAUUUCUACUUCUGUAUUAAAUAAGAUUAUAUUUUGUUUGUUUCCUUUAAGGCUCUUAUUUCAUUUCAGUAUCAAGGGUAUCCAGGGAUAGCUUGCGAAACAUUACAUCUUUUUUCUAAGACCUAGGAUGUAGAUCUAGUCUACGCAGUAAUUUUCAACUACAGGAAUAUUAUGCCUCCCAUGAGACAUUUGGAACUAUCUGGAGACAUUUUUGUGGUCACAACUGGUCAUGCUUGGGAGGUCUUGUUGGCAUUCCAUGGGUAGAGGAGAUGUUACUAAAUGUCCCACAACACAGCAGAGCUGCAGAGUCUGGGAAGACAGCUCCAGGCCGAGGUGGAAAACAAUCAGAUGUUGAAUCUCCUGAACAGGAGACAGGAGGAGAGUCUGCAGGAGCAGGAGGAGAGGCUACGUGAGCAGAAGGAGAGGCUACGUGAGCAGGAGGAGAGAAUACGUGAGCAGGAGGAGAGGAUACGUGAGCAGGAGGAGAGGAUACGUGAGCAGGAGGAGAAGCUACAUGAGCAGGAGGAGAGGCUAUCUGGGCAGGAGGAGAUGAUACGUGUGCAGCAGGAGAGGAUACAUGAGCAGGAUGAGAGGCUAUGGGAGCAGGAGUGGCUGCCAGAGCAGGGGAGGCUACUGGAGGAGGUGAAGCAGCUCUUGGAACGGGAGAGAAGGGAGGAGGAGGAGGAGAAGCUGCUAGAGCAUGAGAGGCUGCUGAACCAGGUAGAGAAGCUGCUGGAAGAGGAGAGGCUGUGGGAGCAGGAU